UCCUUUUGUUAACCUAGCAUGUUAAAUACGGUAAGCUAACAAAAGCAAGUGGUUAGUGAACCGACGAUAUGUUCAAGGUUUGCUGCAUGGUAUGAUAUAUCCUGUCUUGCCGUUGUUCGUACCGGUAUCAGCCUGCUGCUUGGAAACGGUUUAACGUUAGGUGAUGCUAACGGCUCAACACGGUGCUCAUCCUCACUGAUGUGACGCUAGAACCUAUUGUUAGCUGGUCUGUUUGGUCAAGAAUCGGCUCAAUGAAGACCGUUAGUUGAGUGGCUCCAUAAUCUGCUGCAGCUGAAAACAACACAAGACCACAGCUAGCAUGAUGAUGCUCCAGCAUGGGUCAACACAGCUCCUCUGCCUCACAGCCAGCAGUGGGGUUCCUCUUUUCACAAGAGGAGCCUCCAAACAGCUGCCCUUCUCUGUCAUCGGCUCCCUGAAUGGUGUCCACAUGUUCGGGGGUGGUCAGGAAGUUGUGUUGUCCUCGUGUGAGACUGAAGGCGGGGGUAGAGUGGUGUGGAGAGUUUUCCAGGACAGUGUGAUGCUCAUUGCUGUGAGUGGAGGUGGACAAGGUAGUGGAGGUGGACAAGGUGGUGCAGGUGGCAGCAAAGAGGAGGAGGUCCGUUUACAACGCCUCCUGGAGAAUGUGUGGAGCUGCAUGGUGCUGGUAUUGGGCCAGGAUGAGUUGACUAAUGUCAGGAAUGUUGAGAGGCUGAAGAGGGACUUGCGGUCCUGCUUCAGCCUCAUUGAUCAACUGUUGGAGGACAGGCAAGAGGGCAUACUGGGUAACCUGACACACUGCGCUGAUUCACUGCUGCCUCCAAACCCCACUCUUCUUCAAGAGGCUGUGGAUGGCUUUGCUCAGGCAUCAGACAGUGAAUUUGGCUGCCUUAUCGUCCAUGGCCGGAUAGCUGCAGCAACUGAGAAGUGGUGGCGCCUGGCACCACAGGAAGUUGUGCUGCUCUCUGCUUUGAUGCGGUCCCUCUCAGCCUCUGGAUCAGCCUCUUGUGAUUACCCAGUUUUCCUUCCUCAGGGCAGCCCCACCGUGGCCCACCGCCUGCUCCGCUUCCAGCUGCUCCCUGGGGCAGAUGUGUGUGUGCUGUGCGGCCCAACACCUUCCCUGCACAGAGCCGAGAGUGGGAUAGUGGGUCGUUUCUGGACACCCCUUGUGGAGACCCUGAGAGACUGCCUGGCUGUUGGAGAGCGCUGCUUACCACCAUCUGUAUCAUUGCGCCCUGAUGUGCUGGCACUUCUUCUCAUCAACCGUGAAACACGUCGCUCAGUCUCCUGUGUGCGGACUUUGACUAAUCAUCCACUCGGUGACCCUCCUUUACCCUCCAAGGCCCGCUGUUGGGAGCUACUGAAGCUCUUCUACAUCUUCAGCACGACACGCUACUUCACCCAGGAGGAGGCUUUGUGUGUCUCCCCUGAGGAGAAGGCUCAGAGAGGCAACACUGAAGACUUUGUCCUUGGAUUUUCCCACCAGCCGCUACAGUGCUAUCUAGUUACAGAAGAGUGCAAAAGCUAUGGACUUCAGACUCCACAACACCAACUCUUCCUGCUCAUCCCACUGUCAGUGCCCACCUUUGCGCUACGUACGGUGGCCACACAGACUCUCUCUGAUAUAGUUGCAGCCCCUGGGUUUUAAUUGAACAAUUUACUUAAUUGACGGUCAACUCACCAUCUUUGACCUAAUAAUAUAAACUGACAGGUGAAUUAGCCGCUGCUGUUUAGAUUUUUCUUAUACCUUUAUUGAUGACUAUAAACAUAUGUACAAGUUGACUAACUGAUCUAGAGGCAUACAAAUUACCGUCCAUCUGUUUUAUAUUUCGUAAAGACAAUCAUAAAUAGACCAGUGGUAAGAGAUGCACAAUAUAAAAAGGUUAUCAGUGGUUAUUUUUUACUAAACUAACAACAAUUAAAAAUGUCAUACCAAAGUGAACUGCUUUGAGCUUUGUUUUGCAUUCAAGAGACAAAGUCACUGUUGCACAAUUGUGUCUAACUUCACUGGCUUCAAGGCUGUCUCUGCCAAAGUAAUGAGGUUAGACCUACUGAAUACUAACAUCAUCACUGAGAUUGCAACUGUAUUUCAAAAUGUAUUGGAGAAUCAUGGGAACAUGUUACGCUGGCAUGAAUAAGUGCCUGCUGUUUGUUGUUUUGACAUGUUGAAUCCUAAAUAUAGUUGGUUACUUUCU